AGCUACGGUCGCUCAGUUGACAAUUCGCUAUCUACUAAAGUACUCGACACUCGUGCCGUUCCGAAUUCGGGUGUUUGGUUGAUUGUUGGUACGCUUGUCGCGUGUUUUGUUUGAGUUCUUGUCGCCAAAAUUUGAGCUUUGCACUGCGAUUUGUUUGUUUUUGCUUUUUGCGAUUACUUUUAUAAAACAAUAUCUGCCGUCGUGUAUUAUUGUUGUUGUUGUGUUGUGUGUGUCAACCCAUAAUUUUUAUCGUUUGGCGUUUUUGGCAAAGGUUUUCGGCAUUUAUUUACAUUUUAUAAUAGAAUAUUCGUGGCGUUUAAGUGGGAGUGUUCAGCGAUAAUAUACACACACACACACAUACAUACAUACGUACGUAAGAGUUAAACCUGUUUUGGUCUUCUUACAUUUGUUUACGAGUGCGAUCAGCUGAGCAUUGUUUUUGGACUCCAACAUGGUGUUGCUGGGAAAAUUAGCAAUUGUUACUGGCGCUGGUUCUGGCAUUGGGCGCGCCACCUGUCGUGUGCUAGCAAGAGAUGGCGCUCGAGUGAUCGCAGCUGAUCACAAUUUGAAAGCCGCUGAACAGACAGCCAAAGACAUUGGCAUUGAUCAUGUCGUAGCAUUGGAGGUAGAUGUGGCGUCAUUGGAGAGCGUUAGCAAUGCGGUUGCUGCGUCCAUUGCGCAAUUCAAGCAACCACCUUCGAUUGUUGUCAAUUCUGCGGGUAUCACACGUGACGGUUAUCUGCUCAAAUUGACCGAGAAGGACUAUGAUGAUGUGUACAAGGUGAAUUUGAAGGGUACCUUCAUGAUGGCUCAACAAUUUGCGCGCGCCAUGAUUGAACAUCAUGUGCGUAAUGGUAGCAUAGUGAAUAUAUCGAGUAUUGUGGCACGCAUUAGUAAUCCCGGCCAAGCUAAUUAUGCGGCCACAAAAGCUGGUGUCAUUUCACUUACGGAAAUUGCGGCCAAGGAAUUUGGCAAAUUUGGCAUACGUGUAAACGCGAUAUUGCCUGGCUUUAUUAAUACGCCCAUGGUUGAAGUAGUACCGGAUAAGAUUAAGGAAGAUGUUAUGCGGCGUUGUCCAAUGGGUCGCCUGGGUCGCCCUGAGGAGAUUGCCGAGGUCAUUGCAUUCUUGGCGUCUGAGAAGUCGUCAUAUGUAAAUGGUUCAGCGAUCGAGGUAACCGGUGGAUUAAAAUAAAAAAGUGAUAGAGAUUUUGAUGCUUUUUGGGGCAUUUUAAAUUAACAAACUCUGCAGUGAUGAUCGUUCUUCAGUAAAGUGUAUAAAAUGAUUUAUUUCAGUGAUAUUCGAAAUUGAUAUUCAUACAAGAAUUGUGCAUUUAUUGUUCUCAAAUUUUAGUGUCAAAAUUUAAAAAAUACAUUGUAUAUUGUUGUUAAAUUUUUU